AUGGUGCAAGCCGGAAUAGCAGGGCUUGAUACACCACGAACGGCUCUUGGGGAUGCUACUUAUCUAGGUAGUCAUGCCCUCGAUUUUGAUAUUUCACAAGAGCAGUCUUUCCAAUCGCCGUCAAAAGACAACAACCUAGUUUCGCAGAUGCAAAAUGGCCGCCGUGGUGUCAACAUUCGCACUCCCAGAAGUCGCACUACCCUUGGGGACAGGCGAAAUUUGCCAGCGGGGCUUGGGGGAGGAGAGUUCACACCUCUACUGAAGAAUGCGACGAUGAAUAGCACUCGUCGAAAUAACAAAGAGAACGUUCAGGCAACACCAGCAUUUCUUCGGGCAGGUGGAUUGGACAAAAUCCAGGAAGGUUUCAGCCCAUUGCCCGCUGGAUCAGCAUACGGGGACGAUUCAACAAGAACGGGUUCCUUUAUGGCUGGUACUCCCAUGCCGCAUAUCGACAGUAGUACAGCCUCGACACCCGCAGCUUUACUGCCCCGGCGAAACGAGGGGCCUGGGGUUCUACAAGAUGGAAACCAAUUGUCACUACGCGAGCAAGAAAACGUCAUUGACAGAAUUGAGAAGGAAAACUUCGGACUAAAACUUAAGAUCCAUUUCCUGGAAGAGGCCUUGAGAAAGGCAGGGCCGGGAUUCAGUGAAGCUGCACUAAAAGAAAACACUGAGCUUAAAGUUGACAAAGUUACCAUGCAAAGGGAGUUACAAAAAUUCCGAAAGACAUUGACUGCAGCCGAAAAGGAUGUCGAGCAAUAUCGACAACAGAUUCUGGAUAUGCAGGAGAAGUUUAAGAGGAGGCAUGUGAGUGCCGGGCAACAGGAAGAGCUAGAUAAUUUGCGGCAAGUUUUGGAGGAGAAGGAAGAUGAACUAAACCGAGUGCGAAGCCAGGAAGACAAGUACGCCGAUAUGGAGAACAAAAUCGACGAUUUGGAAGCAGACCUACGCGAAAAGGAUCAGCUCAUUAAUGACAGGGAAGACGAUAUUGACAAUUUGAAGGAUGAUGUUCAGAAACAUGUUGGAACUAUCUCUAACUUGGAAACAGCCCUGAAGAAAUCGCAACGCCGAGCGAUAGAGUUGGAAGAGAAAGCAACGGGACAAUCCAAUGAAGAGCUCAAAGAGGCCGAGUCAUUGAUUAAGGAAUUAGAGCGUGAUGUAGAACGCCUGAGAAUCGAAGCCGAAGAAGCUAAAGAGGAUCACCAAGAAGCCAUUCGAGAUAAAAAACGUGCCGAAGCCAAUCUAGAAGAACUUCAGGAUGAGCUAGCCAACAAGUCCAUCACAACUAAAGGCUUGAGUCGCCAAAUUGAGGAGAAGGCCAACCGUUUACAAGACGAACUGGAAGAUCUUCGAGAACGACACCAAAACUUGGAGCAGCAGCAUGCUGAAAAAACACGUGAAGUCAAAAAAUGGCAAGAGAAACUGGAGGACUUGAAACGUGACAGUGAAGCGAAGGAGCAGAGUCUUCAUGAUAAAAUUGACUUGAUUGAAAAUGACUUGGAUCAGACUAUUCGUGAGCGAAAAGCUCUUGCUACUCGGCUCGAAAGUCUGCAAGGAUUACAGAGAGAUUUCCAACAGAGGAAUGAUGAGAAGAAUCUCCUCCAGGGCCGACAUGACGCUCUGACAGCUGAAUCUGCUAGUCUACAAGCAGAUUUGGCUCAGGCUAAAGCUUCAAUCGAGGAUCUGGAAGAUAAAUUGUCACAUGAGAAGAGUUUGGCACUUGGUAACGAACGUGACGUACGGGAUCAAUACACAGAAGAGAUAGGACGCCUUGGUCAUGAAGUUGAGGACCUCAAAGCAGAAAUCCGGGAGAAAGAACGCCUAUACGAUGAAGACGUUGAUAACUGGGAGACCGAAAAACGCAAUCUUGAAACCCAACGAGCCCGUGCCGAAGAACACGCGGCAAGCCUCCAGAAAACCAUCGAUCGACUUCAACAGACCGAAGGUUCUUUAUCUGGGAGAGAGUCGAAACUUCGAGAGGCUAUGCGCAGCGAGAAAGAGAGGCACGAGAGUCAAGAAGCUCUUCUUACACGCCAGAUAAAUGAGUUGAACGAAGAUGUUCAAGCUCGUCGCAAAGCAUUGGAAGAGUCAAGAUCCGAACUGGCUAGUGUUCGAGAAGAGCUUAGACUCAGCCAGCGUGAUCAAAGAUCCUUGGCUGAAAAGAUUGAGGGUCUGGAGGAUGAAGUUGAGAUUCUGCAGACCAGUCUUGACGAGGAAACCGAUCAAGCCAAUCAAGAUAUUAGUGCUGCCAGACACGAAUCUGACAGUCUUCGAAGACAGUUACAGACUCUUAAGCAAGAUCUUGCGAAAGCAGAAGCCGCAGCCACCAGUGCAAGAGCAGAACUGGAGGUAUUCCAUAGCGACUUCCAAGCUGAUCAAGGAUCGAAAGAGAGUUUGAACAAGCUGUUACAGAAUCACGAGGCCCAGCUGUCAAAGGUGCGAUUGGAGAAACAGAACUUGCAAGACCAAAUUGGCAAAGUCAACCUCGAACUUCACUCCCUCCGAUCAUCGAAUGCUGAACUCAAGGCUGAGAAAGAUGAGAUCUCGAGUCAACUGAGGGCUUUGAAGCAACAAGAAGACGAAACAUUCCGUCUCGAAGAGGAGAGAGUUGAGCUUCGAACAGCCAAGAUGAAGCUUGAUAACGAAGUUCGCCGACUUCGUGAGGACCACAAGAUUGCCGUGGCAGAGCAAAAGGCUAUCGAAAAGGAGCUGAAUGAAGAAAUUGAGAGAGCCAGUACCGAAGAAGCUCGCCUCAACGCUGAGAUUCAGGACCUACAUCGUAUACUCCGCGGCUCAUCCGAAAAGCGGGAGUUAGCUACAGCCAGAAAGACUAUCAGCAAGCUAGAAGAGCGAAUCCUGGAAUUGGCAAGUCAGCCAGCAUCGGGUGAUCAGCAUAACGAGAAUUCUCACGAAUUAUCUGAAAUUAAACAAGAUCUCACAGCAUUGCGUCAAAAAGAGAAUGAAUACAUUCAACGUGAAACCGCCCAUAAGGAUAAGGUUAAGGGUCUCAAACGACAAAUUGCUGAGCUCGAGCGUAAAGUUCACGAGACUGAUUUGGCACGUUUUAACGUCGCCUCUUCGCCAGCUUCGGUUGGUGGCUCUACUCAUAAGGAAAUCGGUCUACUUCGUCAUCAGCUUUCAGAGGCACAUCAGUCUCUCAAAGAUCUUCGUUCCCGAAUGAAGGAGUCAGACAGAGAAGCAGCACGAAAAAUCAACGCCUUGACCAUCAACUUCCAACAUCAAGAGCAAAGUUGGGAAGCCGAGAAAGACCAAUUGGAGCGUCAAUUGGAUGAGCUACGCCUUACCAAAGAUGAGCUCUCAACGAGGAAUGCCUCCUUUGAGGCAGCUAUCAACAGACUCAGUGACAAAAUCGAUCGUCUCCAGAAAGCUCUCAUGGCUGAACGUGCAAAUAGUGGAGAAAACCACACUAUUGCUCUUGAACGCAGAGACCUCCACGAAAUGCUUCAGGAAGCUCAGAUUCAACGCGAAUCUUUACAACUACUUAUCAAGGAACGUGAAACUGCAAUCCAAAGUGUAAGCGCCAAGGAAGUUGAGCUUCGCAGCAGUCUCCGCCGAGUCCGCGAUGAACGUAACCGAGAACGUGCCAGGGCCCUUAGCGCCAAAGAGCAAUUGGAACUUCUCGAGGAGGAAUACGUCAAGUCGAAAGAAGACUACAUCAAGGCGAAGAGUGAAUGGGAAGCCGAAAAGCGCACUCUUAGCAGCGGUGUUAGAUUCCCAAAUAUGUCGAUUUCGUACACCGAAGACGAAAUUCAAGCAUUAAAGAAGGACCGAGAUGAACUAGAGAAGCGAUUUUCGAAAGAAAUUGAAAAGAGAGAUGACAAACACGGAAAGGAGUUGAAGGGUCUGUGCAUGCAAAUCGAAUGGAUGAAAGCCCGUUGUGCUCGAGAAGAAAGCAAGCGCGCUGAUUUGGCAUACGCGAAGAAAUAUCUGACCGCCAAAAUCAGCAUGUAUGAUGCAUGCAACAAAGCUGAUCUCCGCCUCCUCCGCCAAACAAGUUUGAUACCCGAACCAGCUCCCGCCCCUAAACCCAAGGCCACGAUCCGCACUGUAGCUUUCUUAAUCAUAGCCGGUCUCCGCAUGCGCAAAGGUGCAGAAGCAUGGGAUCAAAAUAAGAAAAUCCACCAGAAGAUACUCGGAAAAUUAGAGGUCAUGAGAGCUAAUCGAGCAAAGAGAAUUUCGUCUCAGGAAAAUGCAGCAAGAGAAGAGAUUCCAGGUUCGUUAUCGGCAAGGAAAGAAAGCUCGGGAUCGCGCUCUGUAUCUCGUGCUGGAUCCAGAGAUGUAUCGCGGAAUGCAUCGCCCGUUAAGGCAAAUCAAGCACAACCGAUCGUCAAUCCGGCUUUCAGUGUCGCGAGGAAGAGUAGUCUUAAGAGUGCUGUGAGGGACAUCUUGAAGGAGAGGAAUGAGGGGGUGAGGGAUUGA